AUGAACGGGGUGACCCCCAGCAAAACGGGUUACGAGAACUUUGUAUUCGCUAAUUCAUACAAACUCUCACAUUUGCUGGGUUCUGGCGCCUAUGGAAAGGUUUUUAAGGGUACAGCCCCUAACGGCCUGACGGUAGCCCUCAAAGAAAUUAUUUUGGAAUCCAAAGACGAGGGCAUUCCACUCAGUACUCUGCGAGAGCUAAGUGUUCUGAAGAAGAUACAGCUGUACAAUUCUGACUAUUUGGUCCAAAUGCUGGACAUUUCAUUGACGAGGAAGCAGGACCGGUUGUGCAUUUAUAUCGUAUUCGAGUUCAUUGACUGUGAUUUAUCUCGGUUUCUGUCCCAUCAUGUUCCGUCCACGGGUCUGCCACCAGACACCGUUCGGGAUCUAUCAGAGCAGCUUUUGCGCGGUACCGAUUUCCUCCAUUCGCAUCGGAUCAUCCACAGAGAUCUAAAACCAGCAAACAUUUUGAUCGAUCGGGAAGGUCGUCAGUUGAAGAUCACGGAUUUUGGCCUAUCACGAGUCUUGGGUUGGGAGUCCACUCUCACUCCGGUCGUUGUCACUUUGUGGUAUCGCGCCCCGGAGAUUUUACUCCAGUCUGAAUACUUGUCUCCGUGCGACAUUUGGGCAGCUGGCUGCAUCAUUGCUGAGCUCUUUAAUCAUAGUACUCUUUUUUGUGCGGACACAGAAAUAGAGUUACUCGGUCUGAUUUUUGAUAAACUUGGUUUUCCUGACGCAGAGGACUGGCCUAUCCAUUCUCAUUUGAAACGCUCGGAUUUCAAGGUUUCACAGAACAAAUCCUGUUUGAGAACUUUUAUUCGCACUACCGAUGCAUCUGCUCUUGAUUUGUUAGAGCGUAUGAUUGUAUUCAAUCCGAAGAAGCGCAUAACUGCCUGUGAUGCACUAGCUCUUCCCUAUUUUCAUCCUCGACCAAGCAAUCUCCCUGAACCCCCGUUCCACGGCAAAAGUUCCGCCGUCUUAUCUUCAGCUACCAACCAAAGACCUUCACGUUCUACCGUUCUUCGCGUUCACAGGCAUUCAGCAACACCACUCUAUUCUCAUCAGCCAUGCACCGUCUCCAAUACUGCUGCUGUUCCCCAUGGGCGUGUAUCCCUUCGCCCUGGGCCACAGUGCUUUCCGAACUAUGCACAGCCUGCGGUCUGCGUAAGUGGUUAUGGUGAGCUUGCUUCGAGCAACUUGAACUUCGCUGCUACCCAUUCUUUGCAACCAUCAUCUGAAUCCGAAUUGCAGCUACCUUGCUCAAGCAGCGUUUCAUUAAGCACAGUCACAGCUGAAGCAGAGCGCCACCAGCAUAACCUAACGAUGUCCGUGGUCAAGCAUGUUAUCGAGGAAGUCAAAACGCCUUCCCCACCGUGGACAGUUCCCGAGCUUCCCGUACCAACUCACACACCACCCCGAAGGCCUGUGACGAGACAGCAGGCCCGUGUUGCUCGCAGAUACACUCAACCCACAGUUUUAGCCUCCUCCAACACUCCAAAUGCACCCCUCCAGACUGCGCGUACCAGCCACCCUGUACGGUCUGUAAAUUCUGCCGGCGCGCUUUCUCACGUCGAAAAGGCGUCCACCCAAUCUCUGUUAUACCUCACCGAACCUCCUAACCUUUGCUCAGCAAGCUCUGCACCUGAAACCAACGGUGUUCAUCCGGCUCGCCAAAGACGAACUGCUCGUCGACGCACCGUAAUAGGCUCCACCAGUAAUCUUUCAAAGGAAAAUGCUAACAGCGCUACGUCUACUACGUUUGGAUCAAAGGGCACUCAACGCCGCGUCACAACUCGUAAGACAGAACACACUGUACCGUUUACCUCCAAUUGCUACUCGCUCACACAACAAUCUCCUUCGAUUGUGUCAAAUGCCUUUUUGCACAUUGACCAAUCUGCCAAGCUGAUGUAUUCUUCUCCCGUUCAGACUCAUCACUGUCAUCGGCGUCUCACCAAACUACUUGACAGGCAGCAGUCGAGACAGACAAAUCCACUGCAAUUACAACAGAUUCCUUCUGCUCCUGGGAUCCUACACCGCAGCACUCGGCACUCCAUGGACCCCAACCUAUCGAUCCAGGUGCUGCUCCCCAUCUCAGAACAGCGAUUAGCUAGUGAGCAGCACACACGCCUUUCAAGUGCUGUUGCUACCUCUAAGAGCUCUUUCGAACAGACUACCACAAUUGUGCCAAACAGUAAACCUUGUACAGACGAAAAUGCUUUGUGCUCUCCAUCCAAACAGCCACGUGUUCUAAUGUCUCUAUCUAAUUCAUGCAAGCGGCAACAAAAUGGGAAAGAAGCAACUCCAAAUCUGUCCACACUGACCGAUCACAGCGAUCUUAGUGGUAUUGCUGACGAAGAUCAUGGCAUUGGCGAAACUGAUACAGAGGAUUCCGACUGCCACGCUGCUAACACCAGCCUGGGAAUCAAUACGGCCAUGACUGGUUUGGCCCUUGUCACCCGUGCCAACUCCUUGACCUUUACCCACGAUACUGAACCAAAGUCUCCAUGGACAGUCGUUCCUCCUCCCGACAUCACCGGUGCCACUGCCGCGUCUUCAACCGCCAGUGUUGAUAUUGCGGCAUCGCAUUUUGAACUUCUCUGCAUUUACUCCCAACUUUAG